AUGUCGUCAGUCGGGAAACUUUACUGUAAUCCCCAUAACCCUCGACUCUACAAAAUUCUCAUUGUUGCUGAAUACAACAACCUUGAAGUAGACGUACCUGAGUUUGAGUUGGGGGCUCAUGACAAAUCUCAAGAUUUUUUGGAAAAAUUUCAUCAUAGCAAGGUCCCUGCCUUCGAAAGUACCGAUGGCGUUCAUUUGAAUGAAUCUGGAGCGAUUGCAUACUACUUGGCUUCGCAUAAGGAAGGCACUCAACUAUUAGGCAAAGAUAAAAAGGAGACGUCACAAGUUAUUCAUUAUGUUCUUUUUGCUGAAAAUGAGAUCGCACCUCAUGUGAAUACUUGGGUUAAUCCUAUUCUCAAAAUUACUAAUUAUAAUAAACCAGCUCAUUUGCAAGCUGUUGAUAGUCUGAAAAAAUCAUUAGAUGUAUUGGAAAAGGUGUUGUUGAAAAAAACAUACCUUGUGGGAGAACGUAUAACGUUAGCAGAUAUCACCGUGGCCACUGCACUUUAUCAAGGCUUCAAACACGUAUUAGACGCAGAAUUCCGCAAGAACUAUAAGAAUCUUACACGUUGGUAUGUGACACUCGUUAAUCAGCCUAGCUUCAAAAAAGUUUUGGGUGAAGUUUCUCUUGUGGAAGUUGCUGAAGUUUAUACUCCUCCCAAAAAAGAGGAAAAAAAGAAGGAACCAAAAAAAGAGCAGCCAAAGAAAGAAGCUAAGCCUAAAGAAAUAGAUGAAGCGGAAGAAGAUGACAUAAAACCUGAACCUAAACCAAAGAGCAAAUUAGAUUCUCUUCCACCUAGUAAAUUAAAUCUUGAGGAAUGGAAGCGCUUCUAUUCUAAUAAUAAUACUCGUCCGGAUGCUAUUAAUUGGUUCUGGGAACAUUAUGACCCGGAAGGUUAUUCCAUCUGGCGUGUAGAUUACAAGUAUAACUCGGAGCUUCAAAAAAUCUAUCAAAGUUCAAAUCUUAUCGGUGGCUUUUAUAAUCGUCUAGAACGCGCUCGUAAAUAUGCUUUUGGUAGUUUGCUGGUUCUAGGCGAAGAUAAUAAUAAUGAAAUUGCCGGUUAUUUUGUAAUCCGGGGUCAAGAAAUACCAGAAGAAGUAUCUGAUGCUGCUGACUUUGAGAGUUAUAACUUCACAAAGGUUGAUCAUAAUGAUCCCGCUGUUCGUUCAAGUUUCGAGGAUUAUUUGGCUUGGGACGGUCAUCUUGACGGCAAGAAAUAUGCAGAUGGCAAAGUUCCUAGUCAAGAGGGGCAGGAUGAUGUUCAGGAAGUCGAGUUGUCCGCUCCGGCGCCAGAAUACAUAAUAGAAAAUGAAACAACACCUAUGGUUGUCGAACAGCAACCGAUUACUACAAUCAGUAGCAGUUCUGCAAAUAGUAAUAGCAAUAAUAACUCUCAAAUCGAAAAUGAAAACGUUGAUACUGUUAGAGUUUUGAAACUGUCUUCAAGCACCGAUGGUGUUUGGUCUAAUUUGACAGCUAAACCCGAGAAAGAAACUGAAAAAGAAGAGUUACCUCCGCCUUACGAGACUGCCGCUGCUGAUGCAGCUCCACCUUAUUGGGAAACUACUAUUAUUGCACCUGGAAUGAGUGGCGAUGAGCUUCUUGUUGAAGGACUUCCUGUAGGAAAUGUGUUCAGUUUUGUUUGGAAUAUGCUCGUAUCGAUGAGCUUCCAAUUUGUUGGCUUUUUGUUGACUUAUCUUUUGCAUACAAGUCAUGCUGCCAAGAACGGCUCCCGAGCUGGUUUAGGUUUCACAUUAGUUCAAUAUGGAUUCUAUCUUCGUGGUAGAGCAUUACAAGAAGAAGGCUAUCAAUAUUACGGUGAGGAAGAUGAGGAUAAAGAAAUGCUUGCUAGAAGUGCAUGGUUAAGUUAUUUACUUAUGUUUUUGGGUUGGUUUAUUGUAAUUCGGAGUUGCUCUGAUUAUAUUCGAGUAAAGAGAAUGGAGGCUGUUAUGCGCACAACUCCCGAAGAAAAUGUGUAA